AUGACUAUUUUCCCACUUUUGACAGCUACAUUGAUCACUACCACUUGUUGCAGAUUAUUUGGUGACACAAAUUUAGCAAAUAACUGGUCCAUGCAUCCUGGUAGUAGACGUUAUGCACCAGAUGAUAUACUGUCUAAGCCACAUCUUUUGUUUCAUUCAAUUGAGCUUUUCGCAGCGACCACUGAAUUCGGGAAGGACAUCGAGCCACUAAGCGACGACAACUUCACAGUAGCGCAUAUUGCAUGCCCAGUGCCUGUAAGUGGUAACAUGGCUAAAACGCAUAAAGACCAGUCAGUGCGAAUUAAUUUUGACAUAUACUCACAGUUGUCGACUCUGUAUUAUAGUGACUCUCAUGCUUUAAGAACACGCUCUGGUUUGAGAGACACUUAUAGUAACGCGAACACGUUUGUAGUGGACACGUAUAAUGAACACAGAAAGGCCGCGAAGCAAUUCGUACAAAUAUUACUAACUUCGACAGACUUCGUAAAUAAGCUAAUGACAAUUAUUACAACCAGCCCUGGCCCUGCUAGCGGCUCUGAAAGAGCUUGCGAUUUAAUUUGCGGCGAAUGGGCUAGAAACGGAAAGGCUUAUUACUUCUGUGUCUAUAAGUACACCAAAGGUGACCAAGAGUGUUGCAUGGACUAUACGAGCGACCUCAAGGCAGCUUUAACGAACGCCGUAGCUAUUAGAUCUGUCAAAAAACAGAUUGGGAGGUGUGUAACAGUCUAUCAUUCAGGCGACACAGUGGCUUACGUUAAAUACGUCAGAUACAAGAGUGGUGUAUCCAUGAGAGACAUACAGUGUGAAGCUGUAAGAGGAUGGGGUACGUGA